CAUCAAAGUCUCUUGUUUUCUGCUGAUGCCAGGACCAGGCCAUAGCAGGGCGAUUCAAGUGAAGGUCUAAGUGCAGGUCUAUACCUUAAAAUCCAUCUCGUCAUUGUCGCCAAAGAUCACGACCAGAGAGAGACACGGCACAGUGUCACGGACCAUAUCUACGGCCUUCGCAACCUUCAUUCAUUCAGCAGACAAUCCCGGCUCCGAGCACAAAGUAUCAUUUCGCCUGAGAGUUCCGCUAGCCCUAUUGGAGCGAGCACACCAUGUCUGCGCAUGCGUUCGUCGCACAAGUCUCCGACAACAUCUCAACAGGCUAUGCGAAGCUAUCGACGCGCGCCCUGACGCGCUACAUCGCCGUUGCUGCGGGUCUAUUAACUAUUUUUGGCUGGGCCAGUUAUACUUUAUCACCAUCAGACGUCUACAGUCAAAUACCAGGCUUAAAGAGCAGCGCAUCACAUGUGUUAGGACCCGAGCAGUACCUCACAGAUGGUACUUCCAUACGACUGAACUAUACAAAAGUCGCUACAAUCAUCGAGUUGCGCGACUUGCCGCAUUUGUCGAAUUGUUUGCUCAAUUACCUGACCGUUGCACCAAAAGAUUGGCCAGUUGUAGCAUGGCUGUCAGAGGACAAUAUCAGGAGUAUUCAGGAGGCACCUCUACUUCAGCCGGACAUCCGCUCUGGACGGCUCAAUUUGACAAUCAUGCCGCCAGAGUCCAUUGUUGAUGGUGGCGAUGCGCUAUCGCAUUUCUUGACACAGCCAUGGUUUUGGCACCAAUUUCAUCCAUUAGCAGAAUGGAUGCUCUUCUUUCAAGAAGAUUCUGUGCUUUGCUCGCGCUCAACAGAUUCAAUCGACAACUGGCUCGGCUUUGACUGGGUCGGUGGCAAUACAUUCUGGUCACGCGCCGGUAAAGGUGCGAAUGGUGGCCUCAGUAUGCGCAAGUUGAGCACCAUCAAAUUCAUCACUGAACACAUGCCAAAUACAUUCAACACAGCAGAAGAUGUCUUUUACAUGGAACGAAUGCUUUCUCUUCAGCAUGACGACAAGGAGUACACCGACGUGCCUUUCCCAGGCGAGAUUGUCUUUCCGAUAGAUCGACACUUGAAUCAAGCGGCGGAAGUGUCGCUGAGCUGAUUCUGUCUGGUUAUCAACCGGGUAUACAAGACUUGAGUGAGAAGAACCGAGUUCUCAUUCACCACUGUCCUGAGAUUCUGCGACUUCUCAUCCUCUAAUGGACGCUCCAUAUUAUGCUCUGCAUCGUACUGUCUCUUCUCUGUUGUAUAGUUAAAGUAAAGAGUCAUAGUCUUGCCCCUGGGCACUGUCUUGAGCAAAAUGUGACUGCAUGACUUUCCUUUCCCCCUCG